AUGGCUUUAUUCUCUGCGUUUCGCCCAGUUUUCUCAUCACACUCUCUCCCAGUCUACGAUUUCUUAGCUCCAAGUCUUUUCCAAAUACACCGAGCUCCUCGUUCAAUUCGCCAUCUCUCAACCACCCCUCAACGCCAUACCCUUUCCAAUUUCCAAAAUGACUCCCCAUCCACCGCUCCAAGGACCCCCAAAACCGGGACAGAAGCAACCUCAAACCCGGCCUCUACAUCUAAACCGCUAACCCAAGCCCAGCGCGACUUCCUCUCCCGUGCCCUACGAGUGAACCAAACCGGCGAACUAGCCGCAGUAUUAAUCUACGCCGCUCAAACCCCCGUCAUCGUCGCAUCCCACCCGCACUUGCGCCCGCUAAUGAAACACAUGUACGACCAAGAAGCUGGGCACUUCGUCACCUGGAACGCGCUGCUCUCGCGCCACCGCGUGCGCCCAACAGCCCUGUACCCCGUCUGGACCAUGGCGGCCACCGUGCUAGGAUGGGGCACCGCUGUGAUGGGCCGGGAAGCGGCAAUGGCGUGUACAGAGGCUGUGGAGACGGUGAUAGGCGGGCAUUAUAAUGAGCAGGUGGGCGGACUGCUGGAGAUUUUUAAAGAGAUGGAGGCAGAAGGGGUGGAAGUGGGGGAGGAUUUGAGGGUGUUGGUGGAGUCGGUUAGGAGGAUAAGGGAUGAGGAGUUAGAGCAUUUGGAUCAUGCUCUUGAGAAUGAUGCGCAGAAGGCGGUACCUCAUGAAUUGCUUACGGGUGUUAUUAGGGCGGGGUGUAGGGGAGCGAUUUGGGUUAGUGAGCGAGUAUGA